UAUUUGCUUAAUAGGUAUUUGUUUAGUUAAAUGAAUUUAAAGAAUAUGAAUGCUUCUAUUUACUAUAGUUUGAAAUAAACAAUGACUCCAAAAGUAAUUAUAUUAUUUAGUGGUAAAAGGAAGUGCGGUAAGGACUUUUUAACAGAUCAUUUAAAAACUAGAUUUGGUGAUGAGUGUGAGAUUAUAAAAAUUUCACAACCAAUAAAAAGUCACUGGGCUAAGGAGAAGUGCUUAAAUUUAGACGAGCUAUUGAGUGAUGGUGAAUACAAGGAACAAUACAGACUAGAUAUGAUCAAAUGGAGCGAUGAGAUGAGGGAACACGAUUAUGGAUGUUUCUGUAAAGCAGCUUGUCAAAAUGCAACAGACAAACCCAUAUGGAUUGUCAGUGAUAUUCGAAGGCAAACCGACAUACAGUGGUUUAAGGAAAAUUAUGGGCAUUUAAUAAAGACAAUAAGAUUGAAAGCAGAUGAAGAAACAAGAAAAGAGAGAGGAUUUAAGUUUAAGAGUGGGGUGGACGAUGUUGUCUCGGAGUGUGGUUUGGAUGAUUACAGUGAAUGGGAUCUUAUUAUUGAUAAUGGUAAAAAUAGAAAGACUUUAGAUAAACAGUUGAGUAGUGUUAUGGCAUUAAUAAAUAGCUUAUGAUCAGGGCUUCUUUAUAAAGCAGAUAAGAUAAGUUUUGAUACUCCUUAGUACAGGGUUAGUGGUGGUAGUAUUGUUAUUGCUAAGUAAAUAAUAAAUAACCUUGUAAUUGUAAUUUAAAUGAAAAGAUUAAAAAGUUUUUGUUAUUUUUUUCACAAGUUGUUUAUGAUGUAGGUUUAAUACUACUACAAAAUAAUAAUCAUUGAUUAAUAAUAAGACCUUUUUUCAGCCCAGUGCCUAAAGGCAGUCAAUUUAUUUAUGACUUAUUUCAUGUGAUUGUAUCAUUUUCUUUCUUUGACUGUUAAAAAUAGUGUUUAUAUUUAUUGUUUGUUUUACACUAGUGUCAAUAGCAACACACAUUGUAGUGAAUUGUAUUUAAAUUGUAAGUGACUGUCAAUGUAGUUUUAUUUGAAUUGUAAUAAACUAGACCUAAAGAACUUGCUAUUGAAAAAAUUGGACUGUGAUUAUGUAUGUGUAGUAGAUUAUAUUAAUUAUGAUUAUUAGUUAUGUAUUUUGAUACACUUUACAUGAUCAGAAU